UUCAACAUUUUUAGAACAAUAACAAUGGACAGAAUUCGCAAAGAUCUGGUUUUAUAAAGACAAAGAAGUAUAUUUAUAUCAAUGUGUAUAUAGUGUGGUGGUGCUAAAUAUAAACGCUUAUAAAGACAUAGCAAAAACGUUAAAUUACGUUCUAUAUUGAUGGUAAAUGUGCAUUUCAUUCUCAAUGUUAUUAGAACUUUCACUCAUUUAUUACUCAAAUGAAUAAAAUGGUUGUUUAAGUGUUGCUAUCAAAGUUAUGAUGCUGAAAUCAUAAAAUCAGCAAAAUGACAGAUAACAAUAAAUCUGAGCCUGGCUCUUUGCAAAACAGCUGGAUUUUGGUAAACCACAUUGAAGAAGCUGAAGAGGCAACUGCAUUGGAUCGUAAUGAAGAAGAAAUUGUCCAAGAAACCGAAAAAAUUGAAGAAAUUAAGGAAAACAUAGAGUCAGAUGUGGAGUCUGACAGUAUAAGUGUUAUAAGUGACACUAACGUAAAUGACAGUAACACAGAGGAUGAAAAUGCUACAAUUAAAGAUGGAAUAGUGGAUAAAAAUGCACCAAAAUGGACUUUUGUAGAGGACAAUUUAAUCAAUGAAGCGCCGACCCAAAAAUUCUACUUAAAUUGCAUGCAAGAACCUGUUCAGGAGUUGUCUGAGCAAGAAUUGGGUUCUCUGCAUUCUGACCUCGAAAUGGAAUCCGAUGGAAUUAGUAUAAUAAGCGAUACUGAUGACUAUUUGGAUCCAGGGAAUGUUUUAGAGGAAUUACCGCCAAUAGAAAAACAGAGGUUUGAGUGGUGGGAUUUGAAAAAAUACUGCGGAAAUUUUUUGGUAAUGUCGACAGUUUCACUUGCUGUGUUGUCCAUAUUUUUGUCGCCGUAUUUUUCCAAUACAACCAUAAACGAAGACGAUAUUGUUAUGUAUGAAAAAGAUUUGAAAUCAACAGAAUUAAGUAAUAAUUAUGACCCUAUAGUGUACUGUCAAGAAAAACAUAAGAAAGAUGGGAUUUAUAGAGAAGUUAAUGUUAAGAAGUGCAAAAGGUGUUUUAAUAAAGUCGGGAAAAAUAAAGAUAAAAAAAAUAAGAACAAGAAAAAUAAUGGUACUCUUGAUGAAAAGCAAUUGAAGAUAAAGGAGGAAUAUUUAAAACAGAAGGAGGAGUUUUUGAUUAAAAAGGAACAUGAGCUACAUAGAGUGGAAAUAAAGUUAAAAAAUAUGCAACAAAAUGAAAAAAAUGACGAGAAAAUAGAACAUUUUGACAGCAAUAAAAAAAUUAUGGAUAAUAAUAAAAAACAUUACAAAUUAAAGGAUCACUAUAAGAAGUUUAAAAAAGAAGAACCUGUGAAAACACAUAAAGAAAAAAUUAAAUCAUACAAAGAAGAAAAUCACAAAGUAAAUAGAGGCAUUAAAAAUAUUAAAGUUGGAAAUCCUGAUAAUGUAUACAUUAAGGAAAACAAAUCGAUGCCAGGGUUUUGGUACACUAAUAUAGGACAAAAUCGCUUAAAUAUACGAAAAAACGAAAGGCAAGGAGAAUGGCUAUUUGAUAGAGCAGGUUUAAGAAAAAAACAAAGGAAAAAUUACAAAUUCAAAGAAAACAAACUAAGUGUUGCAGAAAAAGUCAAAAAAUUCAUGAAAAAUUACUUUUAAAAUCCAUCUCUAUCAAAAAUAAGGAAUCUUCGAAGUUGUUGUGAAAACGAAUAAUAAUAAUUUUAUGCAUUUGGAGUUUAUUUUUUAAUUGUACCUAACAACAAAACCACUGUGAUUGGGUUUGGUAUUUAUUUUUUAUAUAAAGGUAUACUACAGAUUUGUGAUCUAUGAUGUAUUUAGUUAGUUUUAUUUAAUAAAGUAGAAAAACUCAUUGUGAUAAAAUAA